CACUAAAUAAACUUCCUUUCAGAACUGAAGAGAGAGAGAGAGAAAAUGCGGCCAAUUCCUUUAGACGCCGACGACACUGUAGCCCUCCAGCCACCGCAAUCGCCGCCGUGCCACGAUCACCAUCCCUGUACAUGGCGGCCGUACUCCAGUUCCAAAGACUUCGAAGCCAACGCCGCCGUCGUCGUCAUCCUCCUUCUCUGUGGACUCAUUUGUGCUCUGGCUCUCAACACCGCCAUCCGCUGCUUCCUCCGUCGUAGCGCCGAUCAUGAUCCGUCUGAUAGCCAACAGGAGGAGGAACUUCAGGAUGAAACGGCGAAGCCGACGCUGGUGAAUAAAUUGAAAAUGGCUCCGGCGUUGGUAUUCACGGCGGAGAUGAAGUCAAAUCUCGCCGGUGCGGAGGCGGAGUGUACGAUUUGUUUGACGGAAUUCUCGGAAGGGGAAGAAAUUCGAGUAUUGACGAUUUGCAAGCACGGAUUUCAUGUUCAGUGUAUUCAAAAGUGGUUGAUUUUGCAUUCUUCUUGUCCGACUUGCCGCCGUAGCUACCUCCUUCCCUCGCCGUCGUCCUCCGAGCACGGCGGCCGCCAUGGUGACCCUUGAGCUUAGAUUAGUACUCUGUCGUAGCUGUUUGAUAGUAGUUCGAAUUGAGC